AUGUAUUUGUCAAGAUUCUUGUCGCUCCAUGCCCUUUGGGUUACUGUGUCCUCAGUGAUGCAGCACUAUCCUUCAGUGUGGGGACAUUAUGAUGUGUGUAAGACGCAGAUUUACACAGAUGAAGGGAAGUUUUGGGAUUACACAGCCUGUCAGCCAGAAGCCAUAGAUAUGAUGAAAUAUGUGAAAGUAAACCUGGAUCCACCUAAUAUAACAUGUGGAAAUCCACCGGAGACCUUCUGUGGAACGGGGAAUCCCUACAUGUGCAAUGAGUGUGAUGCCACCAUUGAUGAACUGGCACAUCCACCUGAAUUGAUGUUUGAUCCCGAAGGAAGGCAUCCCUACACCUUUUGGCAGUCUACCACGUGGAAGGGUUACCCAAAGCCUCUCCAGGUGAACAUCACCCUGUAUUGGAACAAAACCAUUGAGCUAACGGACAACAUAGUCAUCACCUUUGAAUCCGGCCGGCCAGACCUAAUGAUCUUGGAGAAGUCCCUGGACUAUGGUCGGACGUGGCAACCCUACCAGUAUUAUGCUACAGACUGUUUAAAUGCUUUCAACAUGGAACCAAAAACGGUGAGGGAUUUAUCCCAACAAACAGUUCUAGAAAUCAUUUGCACAGAAGAAUAUUCUAUGGGGUACAUGGCAAACAGUAAAAUCCUCCACUUUGAGAUUAAGGAUCGAUUUGCUUUUUUUGCCGGGCCUCGGCUUCAUAAUAUGGCUUCUCUCUAUGGGCAGCUUGACACAACCAAGAACCUAAGAGAUUUCUUUACUGUCACAGACUUGAGGAUAAGACUGCUCAGGCCAGCGACAGGGGAAAUAUAUGUGGAACCACAACACUUGACACGCUACUUUUAUGCCAUCUCAGACAUAAGAGUAGUUGGAAGGUGCAAGUGUAACCUUCACGCCACUGGCUGCAGAGAAGAAAACAAAAAAUUGUUAUGCGAAUGUGAGCACAAUACAACUGGGCCAGACUGUGGGAAGUGCAAGAAGAACUAUCAGGGACGGCCCUGGAGUGCAGGCUCCUAUCUCCCUAUUCCCAAGGGCACCGCAAAUAUCUGUAUGCCCAGUAUUCUCAGCAUUGGUAACUGUGAAUGCUUCGGCCACUCCAACCGGUGCAGUUACAUCGAUCUGCUCAGUACAUUCAUUUGUGUGAGCUGUAAACACAACACUAGAGGGCAGCACUGUGAGUUGUGCAGGCUGGGCUACUACAGAAAUGCUUCUGCAAAGCUGGACGAUGAAAAUAUAUGCAUAGAGUGUAAUUGUAACCGUAUUGGCUCAGUCCAUGAUCGCUGUAAUGAAAAAGGAAUUUGUGAGUGUAAGCAGGGAACGACAGGGCCUAAGUGUGAUAAGUGUCUGCAGGGAUAUGAAUGGCACAACCAGGGUUGUCAAUCAAACAUAUGUGACAAUGAACUUCAGAUUUGCCAGAAUGGAGGGACGUGCCACAACAACAUGCGCUGUGUGUGCCCGCCAGCCUACACAGGUGUAUUAUGUGAGAAGCGGAAGUGCGACAUGGAUACGGAUGCUUGCAAUGGAAGCUCUGGACAAGAGGCAGCAUCAAUGCCACAUCUGACACUUCUAUUGCCACUGAUUGCACCAUUAGGAUUAAGUGGGGUUUUUGUAUUCUAG